ACCGAAAAUAUUCUAUUUGUUUUGAUAGUGAUGUAUUUUAUUCUUGUUUCAUUUCACCGUCAGUUUCCUAACCACACGAAAAGCGAAUAUCGAUAACAAUGGAAAAUUUAUCUUGUGUUAAAAUUGAAUAUAAAGUGUGUCAAAUUUGUACACAAUCUAUUCUUGAUGAUGGAUAUUUGUUAACAGAGCUUAUCGAUGGAGUAUCAUUAGAAUCAAUGAUUCAUGAUAUAUUUGUCAGAUUGAAGAUUCCCCCGGAUGACAUCAAAUAUUCAAGCUGCUGUUUUGAUUGCAAGGAUGAAUUGAUUGUUGCCCAUCGGUUUAUUAAAAAAGUAAUAGAAGCACAUCCUAACCAAUUGUAUUGCGGUGCAGAUUCUCUCAACGAGGAACAAAGUGACCCCCUGAUACAUGUUCCUCCUGAAACAGAGGCUAGUAUUAAGUCUGAGGACGAAACAGAUGAGCAUUAUCUACAGUUGGAUAUCUAUGAUUUGGAGGAUGAAAACAGCACAGCAUGUAAGCUUUCUGAUAAGGAAACGGAAACCGGGUCGGAAGAUGAUCAAUACAGCGACCAACAAGAUGAAUCUAGUUCGGAGAGCGAUGAAGGAAUACCAAAUAGCAUACGUCGUAACAAACCGCAACGGCCCCCACAAAGAUGUUGCGAUUGCAGUGAGCCAUUGAACACCAUUGAACAAGUACAGGAACAUUCUGUAAAAUUCCACAAACGAAAUAAAUCUACAGAUCCUGAUGACAUUGAGCAGAAGCCGUAUGAAUGUUCCGUUUGCUUUCAGAGAUUUGAAACUAGCAAAACCUAUUUACAACAUCAACGCAAAAUGUAUUCUAAAGCGUUACACUAUUGCAGGCGUUGUCCUGAGAGCUUUGCUAAUGCGUUUAAUCUGAGGGAACACCAUAAAGCGUUUCAUAAAAGAGUAAAAAUCAUUGAACAGAUUGAUGAAAUGCGACAAAAAAUUCACAAAUGCUGUGUUUGUCGAAAGCAGUUCGAUACCAGAGAGCUGCUUAAAGAACAUGGGAGAAAAACUCACAUACCACAUCCUGAUUCACAGGAUCCGAACAAUCAGUUCGUUUGUGAGGUUUGCUCUCGACGCUUCAAAUCGGAUAAGAUACUAAUCGAGCAUCAGCGAAGACCGUAUCGAAAGCAUCGUUUCCAGUGUGCGCAGUGUGGAAAAACAUACAAGGAUAAACGAUCGUUCUCAGACCACGAACAAAGUCAUGCAAAUAUACGGAAAUACGAAUGCCAUCUUUGUGACAAAAGUUUUGCGUUAAAGCCAAAUUUUCUUACCCACGUUAAGUACCAUUCGAUUCCAGAUGACAAAUUCAAGUGCAAAUUCUGUAACCGAGGAUUCAAGAAGAAACACCUGCUGCAAGAACAUUCAGUCAUUCACAGUGACCGGGAAGAUCGUCCCUUCAAAUGUCAUCUGUGCCCGAAUACGUUUACCCGUCAGGAUCGUCUCGAUUUCCACAUUAAAGCCCAUCUGGGAGAGAAGCCGUUCAAGUGUACCAAGUGCCCUUCAUCGUACAUUCACGAACGUGAUUUGAGGAGGCAUACCCGGACAAAACAUGAGGAAAUUCGACCUUUCGUCUGUAACGUGUGUUCGAAGGCUUUCAACCGCAAGGAUGCAUACGGAAAACAUAUGAAAAUUCAUAGUACUUAAAAAGUGCAACCGUGUAUGCUGGUAAUAGCGGGUAAGAAAGAUUACGAAAUAAACUGGUUUUCCUAAUCUAUAAAAU